UUCAACCCUCUCACCGACACCAACAUCAACCUCUGUUCCUUCAAUCCUACGAUCACCAUCAAGCGGCUCCACUUUACCCUCCUCCUCCCAAUCCACCACGUUUACGGAGAGAGAGUGCUUGCCUACUAUGGCGGGAAGGUGGAACCGUACGGGGCCAUCGGUGGUGGUGGUGCUCCUCCCCCUGCGACGGCGACGAACAAGGUUGUUAAAGCGGUGCCGAAGGUGGACGCCGAGGGAGACGCGAAGAGCGGAGUGCAGAAGUUUCGGGUGAAGCUGUUGGCGGAAAGUGGUGGUCAAAGCAUUAUUGAUGUUCUCUGUCAGAUCGGUUUGGAUGGAAUUCGUAUGUUGGAUCCAAAUACUAGUCGAACAUUGAGAAUAUAUCCACUUGAGAACAUAACAAGAUGUGAUAGCUCAGUGGAUGUUGAGCCAGGACGAAUAAGAUUGCUGUCCAAUAGAUAUACUACCAACACACUUUUGGAUACAGUUAAUGCUGCUACCAUACAGUUCAAGGAAAUGGGUGGAAGCAGGAGGCCUUCCGAAUCAUUGAGAACAAACGAACAGCCUACAGAAAAAAAGAGAGGAUUUGGUGAUUGGAUGAAUUUGAUUAAACCUGCCGAUGAAGAGAAGGAUCAUUGGGUCCCAGAUGAAGCAGUCUUAAAAUGUACAGCAUGCGGAGUAGAUUUUGGGGCUUUUCUUCGCAGACAUCACUGUAGGAACUGUGGGGAUAUUUUUUGUGACAAAUGCACACGUGGUAGAAUUGCUCUUACUUCUGAUGAGGAUGCUCUGCAAGUACGAGUUUGUGAUCGAUGCAUGGCUGAAGUGACUCUAAGGCUGAGUAAUGCUAAAGAGUCAUCAAGUAAACCUGUAUUGCAGAGUCAUGAGGAUCUUGCAAAGAAACUUCAGGAUGAGCUAGAAAGGAAUAGAAGGAUAUCAGGUACCUAUUAUAAUCGGAGUCCAAAUCUGGAGCCUGGGUUGCAAAACUUGCUGUAUAGUUUGGAUGAAUUGUCAAAGCUCUAAGUCUGAUGGAUCUGGAAGACGAAUGAAAGAAGUUGCAUGUCCUAUUUGCACUGUCCAUCUUCAGGUGCAGGUACCAACCUCUGGUUCAGAGACCAUCGAGUGUGGAGUUUGUCAGCACCCUUUUCUUGUGACUGCUCGUUGAGUUGAGAUGACACUGAUACAGAUGAAGGUGUCUAUCCAAGGGUUUCAUGUUCGAUUAUUUUACUGUUCUAUCUCUUGCACGUGAAUAAUAGAUGCACUUAUUUAUCUUGCUUUCUUUUUGGGGUCUUAGUUUGGGGUGUACAUGAUUACCUUUUCUAGUCCUCUUGAAAAGCUGUUUCAAUUUGUAUAAAGUAGUUGCCGAACAUAUAUGUAUAGCCGUGUCAAUUUCACUGUAAUUUGUAAGUUCACUGGUUUGAAACGAUAUAGUAGCUCUGUCAAUAUUUUCGAGGAUCAGUAAUUUUAACUGUUUGAAAGGUCUCAACCGAUUUGCAACUAUAGUGAUUGCAAUCACAUGUCUUGUAUGAUGGAUUAGCCGAAUUUAAAUAGUCGUACUAUCAAUGCACAAUAUUAGAACAGUAUUUUCGAAACAUAAUGAAAUUCUUAAUUCAUGUUUUU